AAUGAAAAAAAUCGAAUCAGCAAAGAGUUGAGAAAACAAAUCAUUUUAAGCCAACAACAUCAAAAUUGACCCCAAAUCCUCCCUCAUCUUCUCCGGCAGCAGAACCACCACUGUUACUCUACUCCGUCCCCAAAAUUCCAUUUCCCUCAGGGUUCAUAUUGCGAGAAAUUGCGGUCAAAUAAGACUAAUGCGGCCUUGAUCAUGGUUGUGUUAAUGUUGCCGAGACAUUGGAGACCUUGAUGCCAUUGGAUGCUAAUGUUUUAUUAGAAUCGCGUUCAUAAUCAAGAUAGGAUUUACUUAAUGCAGUGUGGAAAAGAUUUUAUCUUUAGUUGAGUAAGUGGCGAGUUAAGAUUUCUGAUGUGUCGUGACUCAUGUGUGAGCCGAUAGUUAUAGAAGUUGGAUUUAGGAUAUUUGAGUUAUGGAGAUAUUGCUUUGAAAUUGACAAGUUUUCUGUUUUAUACAAGGGUAUGAUAGAGUAUAUGGAACAUGAGCAUUUGGCAAGGCAUGAAUUAGCUAUGUUUUGGAGGUGAAAAUUGUGGAUUGCACCAUACCAUGGGUUUAUCAGGUUGCCCGGUUCUUUUUUUGGGUACACCUUUCCACGGGACUUAGGCUGAUGAGUGGGUUGGAUAUAUUGGGGAAAUGCUUCAUUUCAGUUAUAAUUUAUUAGUACAAACUGACUGCUUAUCAGACUCGAAGCAAAACCUAUUGGACAACUAUAAGAGUAGUGAUGCUCCAUGGUAAUGAAGGCUUUUGUAAAAAUGAUAAACGGAUCUUUAGGGCUUUAUGGUUCUUCUGUAUGCGAAAGGAAAGCAAUGAUGCCCCAAAAGAGUUUGAGUUGUUAGAUCAUAAUAUUAAGAGAAAGAAAUAAAAUAAACUCAUUGUUAGGAUAUAGAAUAAAUGAGAAUUAGAGUAGUUAAGUGUUGUUAGAGAUAUAAGCUAAUUUGUUAUGUGGUUGUUCAGCCUAUUAAUAGUACUGUGCUAUUUCUAUUGUUAUUGUGGUUACUCUUUGCAAGUCUUUAUAUAGCGAUCAAUUGGAAGAGGGGAGGAGGGGAUAUCUCAGAAUAAUUGAGUUUAUGACAGGUCAAAGAAUAGUGCUUUGAGUUGUUUAUGGUGCUCAAGAUAAGCUCUUUCGGAGUGGUGAGAAGUUAUGUAUACGUGGCUCAUCUUUGGGCAGCAUGUGGUAUUCGCUCACCCUUAAUCAAUUUUGCUUUACUUCCUCGACGCCCUUUUCUUCUAGGCUUGGCAAACUUAUCUUAAUAUAUGAUAAAAUAUAGUUAUACAAACACACGGUCUCUCAAGCAUUAGGAUUUGUAAAGAACGAAGUGAUUUAGUUUGAUCACCUCCAAUAUUCGUGUUUGAGCUAUCCCCGUAGGGCAAUGAAAGUCUUCCUUUGGGGAGUCCCUCAAGCAGAACUUGAGGUGAUUCCAUCAAGUGUCACUUAAGGGGAGUCAUUCACACGUCACUCGAGGUGAAUCCCCAAACGUCAGCCAAGGUCUGUCAUUAAACGUCGCGGGUAAAUGCAUCUGCAACAUUAAAUGCUUCUAAUGAUGAAAUUGUUUUGGGAAACCAAAUCAGACUAGGUUUCUUGCACGUGUUAGAGACGUGGGAAUCCUUCUGUAACUAUUGAUGUACCUAGUGAGAGGUUACUCAUUUUCCCUAGGCCUAACUCUCUAAUUCCUACAAAUAGGGGUUCAGGCUUCAGCUCUCCUCUUUUUCAGAUACUCUCUCUUCCAUAACCUUUAUCUGGAAAAAAAAUCACCAAUCUUAGAGCAAACCUUCUUCCAAGUUUCACCAAGUACAAAUUUUAGUCCUUUAUCCACAAGUAUAUCUCGUCAUUCUUCCUCCCUCCCUUCCUUCUUUAAUGACACUCAUUAUAGAUUUAGACGAGAGUGACAAGGUGAUAGAGCCUUCGAACAUUAGAGAAUUGUCUAAAAUGUAUAUGUGUUGUACCAAUAAUAUUUAAAUGGAUGGAUGGUUCAAUUGACUAUGGACUCUUAGAAAUAGGUAUAUUGUGGAGUUAUGAGAGUACUAGUAGUUUUGUGAGUGAUAAUGAUUCUCUUUCACUCUCAUUCUACCUUUUCUUCCACAUUUCUUUGCCUUUUUUGUUCUUUGAGGAGUCUUUUUUUAUUUCUUGAAGAGUUUGGCAUACAAGGCUGGUUCAAACACCUUAUUUGAGUUUCUCUUUUUCAGCCUCAACUCAUGAACUUCAAGAGACGCUUAUAAUUAUUCUAGCUUCAUUUCAGAUAAAUCUUUGGACUUUUUAAUGUCCACAACAAUCUGAUCAAACUUGAAAGAUAAAGUUUUUAUAACAUUAUCUACCGUCUGCCGCUCAAAUAGCUUCUCUCCACACAACUUCAUUUGAUUGGUCAAAACCAACAAUCUUAAGAAGAACUCUGCAAUUGUUUCGUCAUCAUUCAUUUGUCUAUUCGAUCGUAUUAUUUACUCUAGGAUUACACCUGAACUUUCUUUAAUUUCUCAUAUCCUCCGUACAAUUUCUAGAGAGUAUCUCGUCCAUCUUUGGGCGUUUAUUGCUAAUUUAUCUUUUAAAAAACAUUCGAAUUCACACAUUAAAAAAACAAGAGCAAGUUUUUUCCAUCAUUUUUUAUCAUUUCACGAUUAGUAGUUCUUGCACAUCAGUGACAAAAACCAAUAUUAUUAUUUUGGACGCUAUCACCACCAAGAUUCAAAUCCACGAAAAUUAUGUAUAAGUUUUUAGUAGUUACUAAUAUUUAAUUUACAAAUAAAAAAUUUCUCAUGUCACAUGUUACUUCAUAUGAUUAUUCAACUUACAAAUCUAUAUAAAAAAAAAAGGUUUAAUAGAUAUGCACGGGUAAUGUCUCAUUCAAUAAAAAGUUAUCAAUUUGUUAUAUUAUUAAAUUUUUUCAAAAUAAAAAAAUAAUUUAAUUAAAUACAUGAUUGUGAUUAGUUGAUGAUGUAAAAUUAUUUUAUACCCACUCAUUUUCGCUUAAAAACUUACAAAUAAGAAAAACAAUUUAAAAGAAAAAAUAUUUUUUCUAAAAUUUAAAAAAAUCGAAUCAGCAUAGAGUUGAGAAAACAAAUCAUUUUAAGCCAACAACAACAGCAAAAUUGACCCCCAAAUCCUCGCUCAUCUUCCCCGGCAGCAGAAGCACCACUGUUACUCUACUCCGUCCCCAAAUUUCCAUUUACCACAGGGUGGUGGCGUGGUGCAAAAUAGUGGGAUAAGUUGGAAGAACAAUCAUUGGCUUUUAGUUAUUAAGAGGCAGCUUUUAUCAUGAUUGGACUAUAGGUUAAACAUGGCUCACCAGUUUGUGCAAGUGAAUGUGAUGCAGUUUCGAAUUGGCAAAACAAACAUCAACCUGGCACUUAGUCUGAAGUUCUCAUCACUCGCUUAAAUGGAGCUCAAUGAAGAUCCUGGACCAAUUGAUAGUUAUGUACUUUAUGAUCAAGAUAACCAUGUUUCUUCUGCAGUUUGGGAUGGACAGGAGCGCGGUGUUCUUAGAUGCCAUGAACACACUUCAAUGCUUGAUCAGUGGAAGCUCACACCUAAACAGAUUAAGUUGGUUGAGAAGGCUGGUUUCGGUUACCUACGAUUACUUCCUGCUAUGAAUCUUGACAAUGCACUGAUAGCUGCUUUGGUUGAGAGGUGGAGGAGAGAAACAAAUACUUUUCACUUAACCGUUGGAGAAUUAACAAUAACCCUGGAAGAUGUAGCGUUGUUACUUGGUUUGGCUAUUGAUGGAGAACCUGUGAUAGGACCAAUAAGUGCACCAAGUGCAGUUUGUGAGAAACUACUUGGUAGAGUACCAGAGGAUUUGAAUGGUGGAAUGGUGAAGCUUACUUGGCUGAAGGAAUUCUUUUCCGAGUGUCCUGAAGAUGCAUUACUGGAGGAAACUGAGCGUUGUACCCGUGCUUACCUUCUAUAUCUAGUAGGCAGUACGAUAUUUUCUACAACAACUGGGAACAAAGUCCCUGUUAUGUACCUUUCUAUGCUUGAAAACUUUGACGAAGCUGGGAAGUUUGCUUGGGGUGCAGGAGCAUUGGCGUUUUUAUAUCGAUCACUCGGCAAUGCUUCCCUUAAAUCUCAAAGCACAGUUAGUGGCUGUUUAACUCUAGUACAGUGUUGGAGUUAUUCCCGCCUCAAUGUGGGACAGCCUAAGUUUAACCAAGACCACCCUGACAGUAAUUGCUUUCCCUUUGUGCUUAAAUGGAAAGGGAAAGGCUGUUGUAGGACGAAAUGUAAUGUAGCUUCCUACCGAAAGGCUUUUGAUUCUCUUAAUCCUUGUGAUGUCCAGUGGCUUCCUUACAGGGAUAUGGACUAUGCAGCCAUACCAGAAUAUAUACAAACUAGUUUGGUUUUACGGGCAUCUAGAACUAUGCUGUUGUGUUUUGACAAGGCGGAAAGGCACCUUCCCGAUCGCUGCUUAAGGCAAUUUGGCAUGCAUCAAACCAUCCCAAAAGAUGUGGAACGGUGGGAGAGGAAGAGCCGUAUAGUGGAUCAUGGGGCAGAUUUGAUGGGAAAAAUGGACACGGCUCUCAAAGAAUGGUCAGAGCGUUGGCUUCAUAUUGUUGAAGGCGGCAACAUUUUAGACGAGGAGGAGUACGUACAGUGGUACCAGAAAAUAACUCGAAAAUACAUCGGGAGAGUUACAUCAUCUGUAGAGUCCGAGUAUCAGAGAGCAGUUACUGCUAUGAGGGAAAUUGCGAAUCUUGCUGAUAUAUUCUCAACAGAAGGGUUGGAUUCUUAUAAUAAAGGCUUAAUUGAUGAAGUGAAAAAUAUUGCCCAUAAGUGUUUAACAGAACCAUUCGAAGAAAUACCAAAGGAGAAAGUGACUAAGAAGGGUAGUAGGAAACGUAAGCAAAAGGAUCAUCUGAGUACGGAGUAUGAAUAACAGAAGACUAAAGAACUAACUGAAGUUAAUCCUGACUUAACCCCCUGAUUGUUAUGAUUUAAGGCUGGUCAAGGGCGUAAGGUAUAUAAUCGAACGUUCAACACUCUAAAAGAACAUAUCCUAUGAAACAGGUUUGCCAAUUUAUCAACGGCUGAGAAACUUAAGACCUUUGGGGGAUGCAGAUAGUUAGCAAACUGAUGCUGUAAAAAGCUCCAUUUGAUAUUCUUGUUAUAGGCAUUUAUUGGAUGUUUUCUUUGUUACUUUCAUUGUUCUUGAUGUAUGGCCUUGUUUUUAACAGGUUUAUGAUAUUAAAUAUAGGGGCUGCUCAUCAUUUUACUUGU